UUUGUCACUGUGGAGGGAAGACCUUGCUCGCUGUGUCUCUAUGCUCUGGGGGGCGCUGUAAGGGUUAAAUUCUCCUGUUUCGCUCUCAUCAUUUCCUGAAAGGGCACUGCCUGCUUCUCGAGAAGAAAAACUUCCUGCCUGGACUUUCCAGCAUUGAGCUGCAGCCCAGACUCACUACAGACCAUGGGAACGGUGGACGUGGUCAGUCCUGGACCGAGAAAGGACCGAAAGUGACUUCUGUUGUCCUAGCUAUGCUGGCCCACCUGGAGUGUAAAGGUAUUGCUCUGGAAAGCAGUGCCACAAUGGAUUUCAUGAGCACCAUGAGCGACCAGAAGGAGGAAGCUGAGUUGCUUCUCAGUUAUUUGAAUGUUACGGAUUUGGUAACAAUAAUGGAAAACCUCUACCGAGAGGGGGAAGUAUGUGCAGAGGGGAAGAACACGGUCAUACGUGGUCAAGACGCUUACAACAAUGAGGAGAGGACGGACUCUCUGUUUCUCAGUGGGCAAGAAACUUCUCUCCUAUCAUCAGUCAAAUACGGAAGUACCAAGGAGUUACUCAGCUUUACCAAUCAAGUGUCAGAUGCAACUAAACAUUUACACAAAUGCUUACAACAGGAGUGUGGAAUUAUAUUAAACAAGAUGCUGACGAUACGAAAUGGGCGAUAUCAGAAGGACACCGACGUCCUGUUGUUUCCCUGGAAGAUGACGUACAAAAGCAUGGGUUCUGAAUUCAUUCCUAGGGGAGCCUUUGGUAAAGUUCAUCUGGCACAAGAUAUCGAGACGAGGAAGAGAAUGGCAUGCAAACUGAUCCCGGUGGAACAUUUCAAACCAGCAGAUGUGGAGUUUCAAGUUCAGUUCCAGCAUGAGAAUAUUGCUGAAUUAUACGGGAUCAUCUUAUCGGAGAAUAUGGUUCACCUAUACAUGGAAGCUGGAGAAGGAGGGUCAGUGUUGGAAAAAUUAGAAAGCUGUGGACCCCUGCGUGAAUUUGAGAUUAUCUGGGUCACCAAACAUAUUUUGAAGGGUCUUGAUUUCCUUCACUCUAAAAAUGUCAUCCACCACGACAUUAAACCCAGCAACAUUGUCUUCAUGUCAACAAAGGCUGUCCUGGUGGAUUUUGGCCUCAGCAUUCAGAUGACUGGAGAUGUGUAUCACCCCAAAGACCUGAGGGGAACCGAGAUUUACAUGAGUCCAGAAGUCGUUCUCUGCAGAGGACAUUCGACUAAAGCUGAUAUUUAUAGUAUGGGCGCUACGAUCAUUCACAUGCAGACAGGAAAUCCACCCUGGGUGAAACGCUACCCUCGAUCAGCAUACCCCUCUUACCUGUAUAUUAUACACAAGCAAGCUCCCCCCUUAGAGGACAUCGAUGAAGACUGCAGUCCGAUCAUGCGAGACCUUUUGGUUUCAAUCCUGGAUAAGAAUCCAAAUCAGCGACCUACUGCAGCAGAGCUACUAAAACACGAGGCUCUGAACCCACCUCCCGAGGACCAGCCGCGCUGCCAGAGCCUGGACACCGCGUUGCUGGAAAGGAAAAGAAUGCUGAGAAAGGAGCUGGAGCUGCCUGAAAACAUUACAGAUUCUUCUUUGUACACCAGCGAGGAGUCUGAGCUCCUGAGGAGACAACGAUCCCUAUCCAUUGACCUGGGCGCUGUUGCCGGUUAUUUUAACCUUGUGCGUGGGCCUCCUACUGUGGAAUAUGAAUGUCAGUAAAUGGAGAAGAAGACAAAGGACUGAUAUAAAAAUCAUAUAAGAAGGAACAUCCAUCACAUUGUGCAUUCAUUUGUAUAAAACUGUUAAGAAAAGCUGCUUUAUAUGGAAAGUGCUAGAUAGGUGUGUAUGGGAGGAAAGUGUAAAAUAAGGAUAUCCAAACACGUGGGCCUCCUACCGUGGAAUAUGAAUGUCAGUAAAUGAAGGAGACAAAGGACUGGUAUAAAAUCAUAUAAGAAGGAACAUCCAUCACAUUGUGCAUUCUUUUGUAUAAAACUGUUAAGAAAAGCUUCUUUAUAUGGAAAGUGCUAGAUAGGUGUGUAUGGGAGGAAAGUGUGAAAUAAGGAUAUACAAACACUGCAGGUCUAUACCCAAGACUUUACUACUAUUUGUGCAAAGCAUAUUAUCUGAGGUUCUUACGAGCGGCUCUGCUCACAUCUACAUCACGCAUUCUGUUUUUAACGCAUUUGUUUUAACAGAUCAAAAUGGAAAUUGAAUGGAUCCUAAUAGACGUGAAUUAUGUUGCUAGACCAUAAAUGGCUGCAACCAGAGGAAAAGACUGUGCAGCAGAGGAUGUUUUCACAAAGUCAGUGUUUCAUCAGUGAUUUUCAUCCAAGAUCGUGAGCCAAAACCAGAACAGGUGGAAAUCUCUCCAUUAUAUCUUAUCUCCCUGCUCCUGGUUUUGUCUCACCAUCACCGAUGGAAAUCACUGACCAAACAAUGACUAUGUGAAAGCUGCCUUAAGAUCCCUUCUGUGAAAGCUUCCUCGGCAAGAACUGGGGGGCGUCCCACUGUCGAGGCCUACCACACAGUUUCAGAGGUGCCGAUAUAGCAAACCUCGUUAUUUUGCCCAAUGGAAAUGUGGUGAAAUGGAGGCAAAAGCCAACUGGUGACACAGUCAAUGGGAUCCAUGUGAAUAUUUCUCUAGAAAAAUACCAGUGUGAACAGAGCAUAAAUGGUUGUUAGCUCACCGGUAUGAAAAUACAUAAAUAUCGCAGACGUGAUCAUCACCACGGCACUGUAUCAUUAUGUAGAGUUUUUUUAUGUUUGUCUGCUGUAAAUGUAUAAAAAUUGUCUUUAAAAAUAGUUUAUUUGUAGAAUUGGAGCCGGUUCCGACGUGUGCAUGGUUAUCUGUGAAUUAUUAUGUCUAACCAUAUAUAUAGUACAUCCUCACGGAUGACUGAGUGAUAGUGCCGUCAGCUGCGUUGAUCGCAUCUCUUGCAUUUAUAAGGUUAAUUUUGCUUACUGAAUAAGGGACGGUAGUGAGUGACGAGGCGCUGUGGAAACAGUAAAUCAUACCGUGUAUGAUGAGUAUACAAAGUGUCUCAGUAUACAGCAUUCGUUUUAGAGUGUCAUUUGUUAGAUUAAUCUGUGUAUCAGAUUGCAAAAAAUAAAAUAAACUUCU